UCAAGAUGCAGUGCCUGUUUGGCUGUACGCCGUGUGAUUGGGUCUCACACCUUUGAUGUCAUAGCAAAAUUAAUUGACAGCAUUCAUAAAGAAUUUGGCAUUUCUUCUAAAGUCAAUUGCAAAAUUACCGACAAUGGCAGUAACUUCUUGAAAGCUUUUAACGUCUUUGUACCCAACACAGCAACAUCAGAACCAGAAGAUGAAGAUGAAGAAGAUCUUGAAGACGACGACGAUUUUGAUUUUAUAGACAUUGGAGAGAUUUUUGAUCGUCAUUCACAGGAGUGUGCAGAUAAGGAAGCCACCACUUCAGAAGAAUCUGACGACGACAACAUCAAUGUGGCUGUUACCGAAAAAGAACGAAUCAAACUCCCGCGACACAUGAGAUGCUCCUGUCACCUUGAACUUAAUCGCGACUACUGACGUUAGCAAUAUCUCCAACGCUGCUUUCAAAAAGUUAAAGAGGCGCAUUGAAGCGAAACUUCAAGCAAUAUGUAACAAGCAAGCACGCAGCUCUUUGGCGUCGGAUUACAUCAAGAGUAAACUCGGUGUCCUUUUCGUCCUCUACAAUGUCACUAGGUGGAACUCGUUCUUCGACAAAGUUGAGUGCGUAACAAAGCUGAUAGGGUCGAAAAAUGAGGAGCUUGCAGAAGUUUUCCAUCACUUUAACAUUGCGCCUUUAACUAAAACUGAAGAAGAAUUUCUGAUUGAGUACGUUAGGAUUAUGGAGCCUUUCACACAGGCGCUAGAUGUUCUCCAAAACGAGGGAAAAAUGUCGAUUGGCUGUGUAUUUCCUACAAUAAGAUUGCUUCAAGAGACUAUGACGGAAUUUUCGAAGGACAUUUCAAUCGUUCACUGCCAACCACUGGUUUCUGCCGUUUUGCUUGGACUGGAAAAGAGAUUUGGACUAAUGUUUCACAACAAUCACCUUCGACUGGCAUCGAUUUCAGACCCAAAUUUUAAAACAAUUUGGGCCGACGAAGAAGAAAAAGCGCAGCUGAUCACUCUACUAAAAUCUGUGGUACGACGACACCAGAGCACUGACAGCACGCCUGACCAAGGGAAUGCAAACAUCCCUUCGCCAGCAAAAAAAACCCGCUUUCUUGACGGAUUCAAAAAGAAAAGGACAUCGAUUGAAUCCGAUGAAGUUGACAGCUACCUAAGUGAGGGGACAGGAGAAUUAAGCUCGUUAGAUCGAUUCCCAACCAUCAAGAAAAUUUUCCUGGAAUAUAACAGUGCCUUAGCUUCGUCGGCCGCCUGUGAGCGGGUUUUCAGUUGUGCAGGAUUAAUUUUCACGGCGAAACGGACUAAUUUGACAGAUGGGAACUUCGAAGCCUUAGUUUUUCUAAAAUUAAAUGGUGAUUGCUGCCGCUUAUGGGCAAAUAAUCCUUCUAAAACUUCCAAGAAGUAAUUUUUUGUAUUUGGUUGCUUACAUUCUUAUUGUAACAUUCAUCAAAAUACAUUGCUGAAUUGUUGAGGAGAGAAAAAAGCAAGCUUAGAUUUUUAAUUAUUUUUUGAUCGAAAAACUGAUCGAUUGAACGAUCGAUCGAUCAAUUUCAUUUGGUGAUCGAUUGAACGAUCGAUCGAUCAAUUUUUGAGGCUGAUCGUG